AUGUUAGGGUUGGUUGAAACUAAGAUGCAAGUCGUGACUAAGUUUGAUGUAGUACGUAUUUGGGGGAGCGAUACUAUAGGGUGGGAGUUUGUAGGGUCGGAAGGCACAUCUGGGAGUCUGUUAUUAAUGUGGGAUGACAUGCAAUUUAAAAUGAAUAAUUGUUAUAAAGGAGAAAGAUGGAUAUGUGUUGAAGGAGUGCUUUUAAAAACUAAGUUCAACUGUGCAUUCUAUUUGGUAUAUGGUGCUCAUACUAGAAUGGAGAAACUGGAUGUGUGGGAGGAACUGAGGUUUAUAGCUGGGUUAUGUCAAGUUCCAAUAUGUUAUAUGAGAGACUUUAAUGAGGUCAUACAGAUUGAGGAGAGGAAAGGUCAAGACAGGCUAACAGCGUCGACAGCAGAAUUCAAGGAUUGGGUCCAAGAUAUGCAACUAGUAGACUUACCAUUGAAUGAUCAGAAAUUUACUUGGUUCAGAGGCUGCUCCUGUAGUCGCAUUGAUAGGGUUCUUUUGAGUGUAGAAUGGCUUGAGGAAUUUCUGGAAAUUCGAUUAAAAGGUGGGCCGAGAGGUUUGUCUGAUCACUACCUGAUUAUAGUGGAGGAUUCCAAAUUCAGAGGUGGCCCAUGUCCUUUUCGGAGUUUAGAUUCUUGGUUUACACAUGAAGGCUGGUUAGGGAGGAGUGGAGGAAUAUUGGAGAACUGGAGUUUAUAG